AUGAGAUUGAGUUCCACGAAUAUGCAAGCUAGAAAGAUGCUAUUUGCUGCUAUUCCAUCUAUUUGUGCAUUAAGUUCGAAUAAGAUAUCAAUCUAUAAUGAAGAAAUGAUAGUAGCUCGUUGUUUUAUAGGCUUCAUCAUAUUCAGUCGGAAGAGUUUAGGUAAUACUUUCAAAGUCACUCUCGACGGGAGAAUCCAGGCUAUUCAGGAAGAAUCGCAGCAAUUCCCCAAUCCUAACGAAGUAGUUCCUCCGGAAUCUAAUGAACAACAACGAUUACUUAGGAUCAGUUUGCGAAUUUGUGGCACCGUAGUAGAAUCAUUACCAAUGGCACGCUGUGCGCCUAAGUGCGAAAAGACAGUGCAAGCUUUGUUAUGCCGAAACCUAAAUGUUAAGUCAGCAACACUUCCAAAUGCCACUUCUUCCCGUCGCAUCCGUCUUCAGGACGAUCUAGGCACAAAGUUUAACUUAUUAGUUAGGAGGAGAUUUUUCCCCCAGUGUAUCUCGAAAGCAGAAAAAAUAGAACUCAUUCGAGAGAGCUUGGUGGUCUUAAGAAUGGUUCGGGUGGGGGGUUCUCUUAAGAAUAAAUAA